AUGGCGACGCAGAAUGACUUCUCCUACGGAGAUGACAUCGUCACAAUAGUCGUCAAGAAUGCCUCGGACAAAAGCAAAGACGAGCAUAUCCCAGUCCACAAGAGACACGCCUGUCGAUACUCUCCUGUUCUGGAGAAAGCCUUCGGCAUUGACCAGAAGAAAGAAUACAAGUUCCUGGAUACAACUGCUUCAGCAGUCAGCGCUCUGGUCAGUUGGUUCUACAUGCAAGAAGUCAACCUCGAUGUCCAUGAAGGCAAAUAUGCUUGUCUCGACCAAAGACCAUUCUCUCGUCAAUUACUUCCCGACGAACAGUACCAGAAGGCAAAGGCUUGCAAGGACGAGGUGGGGACAUUGAUCGAUCUAUGGAUUCUUGGGGGUGAGCUCCAGAUCUUCAAGCUGCAGAACAACACAAUGAUCAAGCUCUUGGCUGUCGCGAAGACCUGUGCGUUGAGCUUUGGUCCAUUCUACACUCGUGUCUAUGCAAAGACUCAGAUAGGAAGCCCCCUGCGCGAGUUCAUCGUCCGAUUGUGCGCGUGGAGUGAGGAUUUUCAUGAAUUCGAAUCCAGACCACACUUGUUUCCCCAAGAAAUGUUGUUCGAUUUGUUGAGAACUUACAGCGAGGCUCUUCCACCAAACGUUGCAAGUGCCAGAAGACACGAAAUGCAGAGACAAUACAUGGACUUUACUGUCACGGAGCACGCAAGAGAUCCAGAUGAGGGGAGAGAGAUUAGCCUCAGCGAAAUGCUGCAAAAAUAUCCUCGACCAGAAUUGUGUCCAGAAGCUGUGGGUUGGGGCGCCUCAGACCCACCUGAGGCCCAGCACAAUGUCGUGAAGACGUCGGAAAAGGUGGAAAACAACGAACUUCAAGAUGGUGGUGGACUACCAAGCCGGAGACCUUGGGAGUCUGAUGCAGGUUCUGGUAUAUCUGACUUCAUGAAUCCCAAUUACAACACCCAAAAUGAAACCGAAACAACUCCCGCGCCAAUCACGGAGAAUGUAGAAGAAGAUCUUCUUGGACUCGGUAGACUUGGUGCCUGGGGAAAUGUGACUGUGGUCUCAAGUACGCCAGUGGGUGUUCCGUCUGAAGAUCUGCUUGGACUGCUGGGUUCAGAUCACGGUGGGGAGGAAGUCAACAUUGCAUGCGACUGUAUGCUUGUAUGUAUCUGUGGACGUUCAUGA